CUUUCUAGUGGUAAUAUGCUGAUGACAUCAACAUGCGGGGGACAAAGUCGAACUACGUGUAAUAGUUUUGAGUCGUGGCUGGCUGUUGUUCUUCACAGCAGAAGACAAAGAGGUGGAGGGGUUUAUGACCAUCAGAUUAUGGAUGCUAAAUCUUUCACUCUGAGAGUUGGAGUUGUAGGAUAUGGACAUUUAGGGCAGUUCCUGGUGGACAGACUCCUCAAAGCUGGACCUGGCCUUGGUUUGGUUCUGGGUUUUGUCUGGAACAGGAAUCCUGACAAGCUCAAGGGUUCAGUCCCCACUGAACUAAUACUAGAUGACCUGUCAUCCUUUGCCAACAGGCGCUGCGAUGUGAUUGUAGAGGUCUGCCAUCCACAGAUCGUGAGAGAUUUCGGGAUUGAUUUCCUCUCUAAGUCCCACUUCAUGGUGGGCUCUCCGUCUGCCCUCGCCAAUCAUGAUCUGAACGAAAAGCUGCGGCAGGCAUCUCUCCAACAUGAACGGACGCUUUAUAUCCCCAGUGGUGCAUUAUGGGGAGGCCAGGACAUCCAAAGAAUGAAUGAUAGCGGGACUUUAAAGGCUUUGUUUAUAAGAAUGUCCAAGCAUCCAUCGUGCUAUCGGCUGACAGGAGACAUCCUCAGUGACUGGUCAGAGGGAGAAGGCAGGCGGGUUUUAUUCAGAGGCUCAGUAGCAGACUUGUGUCCUCUCGCUCCUAACAAUGUCAACACCAUGGCAGCAGCAGCUGUGGCCGCUGGGUCGCUCGGUUUUACAGGUGUGCAGGGAGAGAUCGUAUCGGACACAGCGUUGAAAGACUUUCAUGUGGUGGAGGUGGAGGUGACUGGGCCUGAUGGUUUCUCAGUGCACACAGUGAGGAGGAACCCAGCCAAACUCGGAGCUGUGACUGGCAGUGCAACCUACAACUCCUUCUGGAACAGCUUACUCGUUUGCAGAGGUCAUGGCGGCAGAGUUUACUUGUGCUGAAAGUUGGACGAAGACCAUAGAGGAUCACCUGCACUGCAGGAGAAGGAUCCCCGACCAAAUCCCAGAUAAAUUAAAGAGCUGAGAGUGGAUACGCGCGAUGGACCUCUUCAGCACUGCAAACUUCAAUCAACUGAAUACUCAGUAUAAAACAAGAGGCAGAAAUCAUUGGUAAAAUACUAACCGAUAUAGAUCUUCCCAUUUUAUUUUUAGUUUAACAGGUGCAACACUGGAGCAAACAAUAUAAUUCAUACAGAGGAGUGACAGAGACAGGACAUCCCUGGUAAAGACCAUCAUCCAACCUUCAUCUUGCUUCACAAAUAAAGCACAACGCUUCUUUUACCACUUUCACAAACAAGUACUUCCUUAAACAAAACCAACAAAUCUCCACACAAGUGCAUAUGUUGAUGUUUUAACGGAUGUAAAAAUGUGGCUCAUCAGCGACCGUCGGAAAACUGAUACAAUAAGGCAAAAAAAAAAAAAAAGAAAACAAGAUGGAAUAACACACAUCAUGCCGAGUUCCAGCAGAGGUUUUUGUUUUUGUAAAAUCCCUGUAUUGUGUGCUGUCCAUCCUAUUUCCAAUCUGGGAUGUUUGUGGUAAACAAGGCAUUUUUGAAAAAACAAACGGAGGAUUGUUUCAUAUAAAUAUGUCAAGCUGGUGAAAAGAUGGAGGCCAAUGGUGAUCUUUAUGUCUUCACUUUGACCACUUGUUAGAAUAAAUGUUAAUGAAUCUGUUAGCUUAUUAAUGCUUUAGACCAAAAUUAUUUACCGUUAGCCCUCUACCAUGAACACAGGGCUUUGCUACCAUUUUAGUUCACUGGUUCCUGUACCUAUGCUUCCAGCCUAAUGGUUACAGUGCUGGUGUAUUUGAAAAAUAAAAUACCAAAACUAACAGACAA